CGAUGGCCAGUCGCUUGCAAUUGGCAAUCCUGCUGGCUAUUGACAGACUGUAGAUUCGGAGCGGAGUUUGGCGAAACGUUAUGGAGACAGGGGGAGAGCAAGAAGAUAGCGGCCGUAUCGGCGCCGGAGCAUCCGCCAAAGGUUGAAGUUCCAAGCGACGUAUCCGAGGAGAAGGCGUUGAUUCCGCAUCCUCAUCCACCGGCGACCGAGGAGAAGGCCGAUGACUCCAAAGCUCUUGCCGUGCCUCUGAAAACUCCAGAUCCUCCAGCAAAGAAAAUAUCAGGCGGAUCAAUUGACAGAGAUGUAGCCCUCGCACAGGUUGAAAAUGAGAAGAGGAUAUCUUUUAUCAAGGCAUGGGAAGAAAGUGAGAAGGCAAAAGUGGAGAACAAGGCUGAGAAGAAGCUAUCUGAUGUAGCUGCGUGGGAGAGCAGCAAGAAAGCAGCCAUUGAGGCUAAGCUGAAAAAGAUGGAGGAGGAACUGGAGAAGAGGAAGGCGGAUUACGCGGAGAAAAUGAAGAACAAGGUGGCUCUAGUUCACAAGGAAGCAGAAGAGAAGAGAGCGAUGGUGGAAGCAAGACGAGGGGAAGAGUUUCUCAAGGCGGAGGAGAUGGCUGCAAAAUAUCGGGCUACUGGACAUGUUCCCAAGAAGCUCCUUGGUUGCUUUGGCUGAUGAAGAUCUCAGCUUUGAGCUUUCUGUCUGUUUUGAGCAGUAAAUUUUGUGUGUGUGAUUGAAUCUUCUGUUUUUUAAGACAGAAGAAGUUAAAAAAGAACUAUAUGUUUGUUGAAAGUGUGUUUUUUUUAAAAAAGUGGGGGCAUCUGAAUGUGACAAAACUGAUUUCUUUUAUCCUUAAAGAUGCUUUCAUUUUGUAAAUUGGCAAAAUAAUAAUAUAUAUAUGUGGAGGUAUUGUGUUAUUGGCUAUCAA